AUGUCUAGGGUUUUGUCACCGUCGAUUAAUAUAGUGGCUUGGCAAAGGCGUGGCCAUAACAAUCAGGGUUCAGUCAAACCAAGGUCUGUUAGAAUGAUAUAUGCUAUACGAACUGCUGCGCCGAGACUGUCUGGUUUCUCCGGAUUACGAACUUUGAACUCGUUGGAAUCUAUGUUGAGACCUGGACAAGAUUUUCAUUCUAAGGUGUUUACUCAGAUUGGUACUAAUCGAGCAAAGGGUGGCAGGGGUAGAGGUAGGAGAUGUGUGACGAAAGCUGUGUUUGAGCGUUACACGGAGAAAGCAAUCAAGGUUAUUUUGUUGGCUCAAGAGGAAGCAAGGAGGCUGGGACACAAUUUUGUAGGAACAGAACAGAUUCUGUUGGGUCUUAUUGGUGAAAGCACCAGUAUUGCUGCUAAGGUUCUGAAGUCUAUGGGGAUUAGCUUGAAAGACGCGCGUGUUGAAGUGGAGAAGAUAAUUGGUAGAGGUAGUGGUUUUGUUACUGUUGAGAUUCCGUUUACUCCUCGUGCCAAGAGAGUUUUGGAACUCACGUUGGAGGAAGCUCGCCAUCUUGGUCACAAUUAUAUUGGACCCGAGCACUUGCUUUUGGGUCUUCUUCGAGAGGGUGAAGGCGUGGCAGCACGUGUUCUUGAAAAUUUGGGCGUUGAUCCAACUAAUAUUCAAACGCAGGUGGUUCGCAUGGUUGGCGAGGCUGCUGACAAUGUUGUGGCGGCUUUUGGCUUUGAAGUUGGUAAGAACAAGAUGUCAACUUUGGAGGAGUAUGGCACCAAUUUGACAAAGCUUGCUGAGGAGGGAAGAUUGGAUCCUGUUGUGGGUAGGCAGCCACAAAUUGAACGUGUCGUUCAAAUCUUAGGCCGCCGUACCAAAAAUAAUCCUUGUCUUAUUGGCGAACCUGGUGUCGGAAAGACAGCUAUUGCUGAAGGUCUUGCUCAACAGAUUGCAAACGGUGUUGUCCCCGAAACCAUUGCGGGAAAGAAGGUUAUAACCCUAGAUAUGGGUCUACUUAUAGCUGGAACUAAAUACCGCGGAGAAUUUGAGGAGAGAUUGAAAAAACUAAUGGAGGAAAUCAAACAAAAUGAUGACAUAAUACUUUUCAUUGAUGAAGUGCACACUCUAAUUGGAGCAGGAGCAGCUGAAGGGGCAAUUGAUGCAGCAAACAUAUUGAAACCAGCUCUUGCUAGAGGUGAACUACAGUGUAUAGGAGCCACUACACUAGAUGAAUAUAGGAAGCACAUUGAAAAAGAUCCCGCUUUAGAGAGGCGAUUCCAACCAGUUAAAGUACCAGAACCAACUGUGAGUGAAGCUAUUCAAAUUCUGAAAGGGCUUAGAGAGCGCUAUGAGAUUCACCACAAGCUCAGUUAUACCGAUGAUGCUCUUGUAGCUGCUGCAGAACUUUCGCAUCAAUAUAUCAGUGAUCGAUUUUUGCCUGACAAAGCUAUAGAUUUGAUCGACGAAGCUGGUUCCCGAGUCCGACUUCAACAUGCACGGUUACCUAAAGGCGCAAGAGGUCUUGAAAAGGAGGUUGGGCAGAUAGUCAAGGAGAAAAAUGAAGCUAUUCGCAACCAAGAUUAUGAAAAGGCUGGAGAGCUACGGGAUAAAGAAAUGGAUCUUAAGAAUCAGAUGUCAGCACUUUUAGAAAAACACAAGGAGAUGAGCAGGGCAGAGAGUGAGGCAGAUGUAGAUGCACUUGUGACUGAAGUUGACAUACAGCAUGUUGUUUCCGCCUGGACAGGUAUCCCUGUGGACAAAGUCUCAGUUGACGAAUCUGACCGCCUUCUCAAAAUGGAAGAGGCCCUACACAAACGCAUUAUUGGUCAGCAUGAAGCAGUAGAAGCCAUUAGCCGGGCUAUCCGCCGAGCUCGUGUUGGACUUAAGAACCCUAACCGGCCAAUCGCUAGCUUCAUCUUUUCUGGCCCUACUGGUGUGGGGAAGUCUGAGUUGGCCAAAGCUUUGGCCUCAUACUACUUUGGAUCUGAAGAAGCCAUGAUUCGACUUGACAUGAGUGAAUUUAUGGAAAGGCACACAGUCUCCAAGCUCAUUGGUUCACCUCCUGGAUAUGUUGGUUACACCGAGGGUGGUCAACUGACCGAGGCAGUUCGGCGACGUCCCUACACUGUUGUACUCUUUGAUGAAAUUGAGAAAGCCCACCCUGAUGUCUUCAACAUGAUGCUUCAAAUCCUGGAAGAUGGGAGACUAACAGACAGUAAAGGAAGAACUGUUGACUUCAAGAACACACUUCUUAUUAUGACAUCAAACGUUGGAAGCAGUGUGAUCGAGAAAGGAGGCCGUCGCAUGGGAUUUGACCUUGACUAUGACGAGAAGGACAGCAGUUAUAAUCGAAUCAAGAGCUUGGUGACCGAGGAGCUGAAGCAGUACUUUAGGCCAGAGUUCUUGAAUAGGCUAGAUGAAAUGAUUGUUUUCAGGCAACUGACAAAACUGGAGGUUAAGGAUAUAGCUGACAUAAUGCUGAAGGAGGUGUUUGAGAGACUAAAAGCCAAAGAGAUUGAGCUCUCGGUGACAGAGAGAUUUAGGGAGAGAGUGGUUGACGAAGGUUAUGAUCCUAGUUAUGGUGCGAGGCCUCUAAGAAGAGCGAUCAUGCGACUUCUGGAGGACAGCAUGGCUGAGAAGAUGCUUUCUAGAGAGAUUAAAGAGGGUGACUCUGUUAUAGUAGAUGCUGAUUCUGAUGGCAAUGUGAUUGUGCUUAAUGGUAGUAGUGGUGCUCCAGAUUCAUUACCAGACCCCCUUGCUGUGUGA